AUGUAUACAGAGCUAAAGGAACUGAUCAAUUUUCUGGCUAUUUAUAUGCAUCAUCGAAUUCCUCGGCGUCGGAUUUGUUUGCUCAUGGAAAGUUACAGUAAUCAUCUUGCGGGAAGAUUUUUGGGGAAAUGGAAGCCAGAAGAGCCAGAAUAUGGAGAAAAAGAGCGAACGUUGAUGAUUAAAGCAGGAGAUUGCCUAGACCAAAUUCUCAGCACAAUUGCAACAAGCAUUGGGAUUGUUGAAGAAGAUCUUGCAGCGUGUUUUCCAUCACUAAUGAUAGCUUACUGCAACCCUGGCAUAGUAUCGUGCCAAGUGAUGAACUAUGCACAUAUGAUCACUGUUUGGAUGGGAGAUGUUAACGCUGAUGUAAAUUUUACGCCUAUACCAGAUGGUAUUGCGUUCUUCUGCGAAACCCCGGCUAUACUGUACAAUGUUUUGAAUAGCAAUGGCAACGUUAUGGAUAAAACAAGAACAACCAAUGAAAUGCUUAAUAAUAUAUCCUUUGCGCAUCGCACAAAAGGAUUUUAUUUUGCUAUACCACGGACACGAAUGUUUCGCAACGCAUUUUUGCGCACAUCUCAUUUCCGGUUGACAGGUAUUUAA